AUGGACGAAAAUGAAACAGUUCAAGAAGCUUUAAAGCGUGUUCCUGAGAAUGAAUUUAAUCUUCGAACUUUACGAAUUCGUAAUGCGUAUCAGUUAUCCACUAAUCAUAAAAUUCUACCAAAAGAUAAAUGGGUCAAACCUGAAGAUGAUGUUAGAUAUUUGUCACCACAUGUUGAACAAGUUGCGGCAGAAGAAAGUGAGCGAGAAAUGUUUGAUGCUCUUAAAAUUGUUGGAAAAGAUGGAAAACCAUCUAUUAAUUUUGAAUAA